AGCUGGCGUUCUAAAGCACGGAGCUUGUCGACCUCGCGUCCGGCUGCUGCGCCCUCCGCCGCCGCCGCAGAGAUGAUGCAGUCGCACCUGCCUUCCCCGGCGAGGCUGGGGCUCACCGCCUCGUCGCCGUCUCUCCCGCCCAACCCGUCCCCCUUGAACCCCACUUCCUCGCCUCCACAAGGCAACCUUCCCGCUAGCGCAACCGCCGGCGCCGGCGCGGCCCCAACCCUAACCACCUCGCCGUCGCUGCUCCCGCUCCUGCCGCCGCUCCCCCGCGCGCAGUCGCUGCUCCAGCUUAUAUCGUCGCUCGCCUCCAACCUCUUCGAGCUAUCGCCCAACCGGGCCGCGUGGAUCUCGGCGUACCGGGGGUCGCUCCCCACCUUCCUUCCCUCGGCGUCGUCGUCGCCACCGCCGCCGCUCCCGACCCCGAUCUCCUCCACCAAGGACGCACUGUCGCUCCUCACCACCCUCCAGACGCAGCUCUUCGAGGCCGUUGCCGAGCUGCAAGAGACUCUGGACCUGCAGGACGCCCGAGCGCGGCUUGCCCGCGAGGCGCGUACCAAGGACGCUGCGCUGCUAGCCUUCGCGAAGAAGCUGCACGAAGCCCACCACGUGCUUGACCGCCUCGUCGACGACUACGCCGACUACCGCCGCGACCCCAAGCGCCCGCGUGGCGCCGCCGCUGACCCCAAGCCGGUGUCGGACGGCGACUUCGGCGCGUCCCUCCACUCCAGGCUCAAGCUGGACGACAUACUGAGCUAUGCUCACCGCAUAAGUUCCACGACCUUCGCUCCACCAGAGCACGGCGCUGGGCUGCCUCUCCGUGGGGCGUUGCCACCUGCACCACAGGAACAAGAGAUGCGGUCCUCGAAGCUGUAUCAGUCUGCUGAUAUGGAUAUAGGGUUGCCCAAGAAGCCAUUGGAAACGAAGGAGGGGAUCACAGUGGAGGUGGAGGCCAUGCCGCUGUAUGAGCCGCCACCACAGGAAGGGGCACUGAGGAUACCAAACACGUUGCCGCCCAUGUUCCCGAAGGAGCUAAAGCCACCACCAGGAUGGAAGCCUGGUGACCCAAUCACGCUGCCACUGGAUGACAUACUACCUGGUGUCAAGGGUGAAGAGCCACAGGCCCCUGUGCCGCAGGCACCUGUCUCGGUGCGGUCAGUGGCACCAAUGGGCCCAGAGCCAAUACAAGUGAAGCCUGUUCAGCUUGAUUUUGAGAGCAGUAGCAGUGAUGAGUACAGUAGUGACGUUGGGAGCUCAGAAGAAGAUGAUGAGGAUUAGUGCUCGCAGGAUGUGCAUCAUACCUGGGGAAGCAUUUUAAGAGACUAUUCUAGAGAUCGUUGAAUAAUCAACCUGUGAUUCAUUCUUCGACACAUAGUUUGUUGCCUCGGUUUUCUUGUCUAAUCUUAGGAAUGUAGCUGUUAAAUGCGACCUAGUUUCACCAUCUCCACCAGGGAAAUAUCAUUCUGGAACUUUAUUUUAGUUAAGCUUGGGUGCAGUGUGCAUGCCAUUACGCCAGUCUCAAUGAGGAUUACCUGGAGAGUUUCAUGGCAUUAAAUUAUAUGCCACAUCAUCAAUUUUGCUGACAUGCAAGGAGAGAGAAUGAGGUGAGUUUCAUAGGAUGUGAGAUGAGUUUUAUCCCAUGAAACUCAGUUGGCACAGUUACCUAGUUCUCAGUCUUGGUAUACUGGGAUAAGGUUAUAUUGUCUUCAGUUGGUUUAAUUUAUCGUAGAUUAUUGAUGUCAUUAAAUGUACGGAUACUGUAUUUAUUCAGUAACAAAGCUGUUCAGUGCUAAACAA